AUGGCCGCCGCCAUCCCAAUCGAAUCGAGUCGCAUUCGACCCGGUCAAUACUCUCGACACCAUUCUGGCUGUUCCUCGUCCGGCCCCGGAAAGCAGUAUGGCAAGGAGAAUCAGCCUCUCUCGCCUCAGCACCAACAACAUGAACGGGGCCGAUCCCAGGGUACCUCUUCUUCUGCAGCCCAGCCUAUCGCUAUAGACCCAAAGUACCGUCUUCGUGGCAACUCACCCGAAGAUGCAGAGCGAACUUCUCGAUCCAAGCUCAGCUCCUCAUCUAGCCCCACAAAGAAGGGUCUGCGAAGCCGUAGUCGCAGCCGAAGCCGCCUUUUCGGCAAAGACAAGGCUGAUACGCUCAACAACCAAGCUGCCGCUGCACCUGCUUACGAUGCUUCGACUCGCACUCCCGAGCAGAUCGAUGCUGACUUUGUCAACAUGCUCGAUGAGCUCCAGGUGCAACCAGACUUGCGACGAAAGCUCCUUCUCCUCACUUCAACAGUGAAAGCCUCGAUGCUGCAAGGUCAGGCUACGCUCAGUCUAGCUUCGUUCAGUCUGGACGACACUUUGUCGUCUUCCCCAACCAAAACCUCUCGCAUGCCCAUCCCAGAACUCCUCAAUGGACGCCCUGCCGACGCCGGCAAUCGUCCCGCAUCCACGAUAUACCAAUCUUCUUCUCUCCUCGAUCAAGCCAAUGCAGACGAUGCCGAGCUGAUGGCACCCCCCGACACAGCCCAGCUGUUUGGUGCCGGGUCCCCUCGACAAGUCUCUACUGGUUCUAUCGAUUCUUCCUCCUCCCAUUCCGGUUCUAACUCUGGUGGUGGCUUACGGGGUGGUCAUAACAAACAAUCCUCCGGUUCUGCCUCUCGCAGUGCUCUUCGCGAAGCAUUCAAAAAGUCGACCCCCAACCUUGGUCAAGGAGGCUCGUUCAUCUCCCUCGCUAACUCUGUCACCGGCGGUAGCACUCUCACCUCCACCACGAACACUCGACCUCGAUCGAUGUCGUUUGGCAAGGAAAUUGCCACCGCAUUCGGCAAAGAAACUCCCGAAAGCUUCGGUACGAUGCUCAAAUGUACCGAUGCAAGCCAUAUCGAUAUUGCCCGCAUCAAACGUAUGCGUGCUGUUCUCGCAGCAGAGUCGCCUGCUUGGAUCUCUACUUUCAUCGGUCCGGAAUGCGGUGGGUACGAUGCGAUGCUGACCAGGCUCGACGAGCUUCUGGCCAUGGAAUGGAGGGAUGAACAACACGAUGAUAUGCUUCUACACGAACUUUUGCGCUGCUUUGUUGCCCUAUCCACCACUGAAGUUGGUAGGCAAGCACUUGCGUCCCAAGCUCCCAGACCUUUCCGAGAACUAGUUGAUCUAUUGUUUUCGGAGAAAAGACCUGGUGAUCUUUCCACGAGAAAACUCAUGAUUGAGCUGCUAGCAAUCCUAUUGGAUCUGCAGCUGCCGGCAUCGCAAUCGCACACGCAAUCUUCGCUCAACUAUCUCCUGCAGCUCCUCCAAAAUCCUUGCGAUCCAGCAAAAGAAAGUGUUGUGGACUUCAUCAAGCAAACUCACACCUCUCGACCGUUCAAAACCUACGUUGUGGAAUUGGGCACUAUCUGUAGGGAUUAUUUCUGGAUCUUUUGUCAUUCUCAAAACCGUUUUUGGCGGUUUGAAGAACUUCAAGAUCGCAUCGACUCCAUCCGCGGUCCUAAGGUUCCAGGUGGAAUGACAGGAGGGGUCGAGUUCGAAGCUAUGUCCUACAUCACCGUUCAUCUUGGGCUUAUCAACGCUAUUGCGACGAUUUUGGGUCAAGUGAAAGCCCAUCAAUUGCCCAAACCAGUAAUGACGGCGGUAGAGUUCCAUGAAGCACUCUUUACAUCGGGAAUAGAAAAGGUGCUGGGAACGUUGAGGAGAGCAAGUCAAAGUUAUUACUCGAAUACGCAUUUGGAGGUUAGUAGAUAUAUGUGGUUGGCGAGAGGUGCGGGAGUAGAGUUGCCCUAUCAUUUGACGGAUUGGAUAGAGAGUCCCAAGUUGAAGCAGGUGCCCCUGUUGCCGCCGUUGGAUUUGGCUUAUUUGAGCGCUCCAAGUCAGUUGCCCCCUGUGAAUGCUGCGAUGCCAGCUGCUAGUGGUGCGACUGGGGGUUACGGCAUAGCGGGGGCUUUUAUUGCUCCUUCUGCUCCUGCCACACAGAGUUCGUUCAAAGACAGGGCUGCGAAAGCAGCCACUGGUACGCCGUGGACAAUUUCGAGAUCUAACGCAAUGCGUUCUUCUCAAUCACCCACAAAAGGCAGAUCUUCACCUAAAACACAAGCCAGCACAGACGAGGCUGGUGGGUAUUGGGACUUCGACUCGGCCCCGGUCGCUUCUAGCGCCCAUGCCAAGUUCCAACCUGCUACACAGGAGCCGCAGCAGCAGCGACGGGAGGUAGAGGUAGUAGGGUUUGAGAGAAGACUAGACUCGCAGUUCUCACUUUACUCUCCUACCUUCCCUUCCGAACUAGAGGCAGCACCUGGAGUGGGCAUGCCUUCCUCUUCAACCUCCAAACGAAUCCUCGGUUUGAAUGAGGCGGUCUCUCAGGACCUCACAAACACCAUCCAUCACCACAAUAAAUCCGCUGCAGCAGGAAACAAGAUCCUAGGGGAAGCUUCGGUCGUAGGCUCAGCCGUAAAGAAGUGGGAGAGUAUGAGCAUUUGUCACCGCCCCCAAGCUUCGCCACGGGACCAGGGUCGAGGUAAAGCGUCUCAUCUUCGCUGA